AGAGUCUAGAGCUUGAUGGUCGACGCCGGCUUCUUCUCCCGCCACGACGCGCUUUCGGCCGAGGCCCAGUCGCUCCUUUACGCGGACGGCGCCCUCUCAGAGACGCAGCAGAACUUGCGAUCGGUCACGAGCGCCGAGCGCAGCGCCGAGAGCCAGCGCGUGGCCAACCAGCGGAAGCAGGCGCAGCGCGAACGGCGCAUCGACCGGUGCGAGAACAGCUGGUUCUACGGCACCACCGCGCUGCAGCCCCAGACGUGGGUUUACGGUGGCGUGAGCGCCAAGAUUGCGAGGCAGAAGGCGAAGCUCGAGGCCGACCGCGCUUCCGCGCCGUCAUUGCAGUCGCGCGAGGCGGCGCUGGAGCAGACGAUCGAGGACCUCAAGGCGCAGGCGCAGGCCCUGCAGGGCGCGGUGGCGCGGCGCCGCGCGCUCGAGACCGAGGCGGCGGGCAUGUUUGAGUCGGCCCGCGCGCACCAGACCAACCAGGGCGCGCAGUUCAACAAUGUGCUCGACGGCUCCGAGUUCAUCGAGCACAUGCAGCAGGGACACCGCGAUCAGCUGAUGCAGCAAGCGCAGAUGGAGGCGCACCAGGCGGGGGUGGUGCUCACGCGCGCGCUGCAGUCGAACGGCGCCGGCACCGCCAUGAUGGAGAUCUUCGGAGGCGACUUUGGCGACGCGGUGGCGGGGAUGCAGGCGGGCGGCCGCAUCCAGCGCAACAUCGGCGUCCUCGCGCAGUGCGAGCAGCUCACCGCACAGCAGGAGGCGCGGGUCAACGCGCUGCUGCAGGCCGUCCGGCAAGAGGCAGCCAACGCGGCGGCGACGCUGCAGCGCAUCGAGGCGGACGUGCUCGCCGAGAAGCGAUCCAUCUUCGCGGCGCUGCGCUCGCGAUGCGGGGGCGUCGCCGCCGUCGCGGCGGCGCCGGUCGCGACCGCCACCGCCGUCAUCGGCAGCGAUCCAAAGGACCACAUGGCGGCCACCGCGGUGCAGGCGGCGUGGCAGACGCGCCCAGCGGCCGGGGCGACGCCGCCCAUGGGUCAGCCGGUCUAUUAGGCGAGCGGAAUUUCGGCUUGUAGAUAGAAGUGGUAUGUGCAAAUUACCGGCUCGUCCUGCUCUGAUCUGGGAGUUUUGUGUUUAUCGCGUUCCGGUUCAGAGAGUGCUCGCCGUCCUGCGUCCACCCUC